UCUAUCCAGCUCCAACAUGAAGUUCCUCAUCGUCUUCGUCGCCCUCUUCGCCAUGGCCGUGGCCCGCCCCAACGAGAUCGGAAUUGUGAGGCUGGACUCCGACGUGCAGCCCGACAAGUGGAGCUCCGCUCUGGAGACCAGCGACGGCACCAAGAUCGACCAGCAGGGUGCCCUGAAGGACGUUGGCACUGAGCACGAGGCCGCCGUUGUCCACGGAUCCUACUCCUGGGUAGAUGAGAAGACCGGCGAGAAGUUCACCGUGACCUACGUCGCCGAUGAGAACGGAUUCCAGCCCCAGGGAGCCCAUCUGCCCGUGGCCCCCUAAACUGUCCUUGAUCACAAAACGAAACUUGUUCAUUCAGAGACUAAAUAAAAUUGAUUGUUAAUUGCAAAUAUCACAAACAGUUUUUUACCAAUUCAAUGCUGUGGAAGGGGUUUAUACUGAAAUCAAAGUACAAUAUAAAGCUUUCAUUAACAUACUAAGGAAACAAAUAUGGGAAUUGCCUAAGACCCCUCACCUUUAAACUACCACCGAUUUUUUACAAACAACAAUAAUAUAAAUUUUUCCUAAAUCAAGGCAACCCGAUAU